AUGACAUCUCAAACUUCAUCUGAUGUCGAAAACCCAACUCACUCCUCUCUUAUUGAAGCCGAUCACGGCUAUGUCCCAUUGUUAGAUGCGAAUCUCCCUUCUCAAGCUCAAGAAAAUGACCAACAACCCAAAAGGAUGGAUCCAGUCGAACAAGGUGUGUCAGAUAAAUCUUUCAUAUUACCUGCAAACGUAUCUUCUUUUUCGUGGGAUACCGACAUGUUGGAUUGGCAAGCACCCGCCUUCCAUUUCUAUCCAGGGGAAAAUUGGAUGAAUGAUCCAAAUGGUCCGGUAUUUUAUAAAGGGUGGUACCAUUUAUUUUACCAAUAUAGCCCUGAGGCAGCCGUGUGGGGUCCAAUCGUGUGGGGUCAUGCUGUAUCAAGAGACAUGGUUCAUUGGCGACACCUUCCAAUAGCAAUGGAAAGGGACGAAUGGUAUGAUGUCAAUGGUGUUUGGACCGGAUCCACAACCAUUUUACCAAAUAACAAACUUGUGGUACUCUACACCGGUUCAACCAACGAAUCGGUUCAAGUCCAAAACCUAGCAUACCCGGCCAACCCAUCUGACCCGCUCCUUGUCAAUUGGGUCAAGGACCCGGCGAACCCGGUCCUGGUCCCACCAUCAUGGAUCGACAUAAAAGACUUUCGUGACCCCACCACCGCAUGGUUGACCCCCGAGGGUAAGUGGCGGAUGGUGAUUGGUUCAAAAGUUAAUAGAACCGGAAUCGCUUUAUUGUAUGACACCGAUGAUUUUAAAAGUUAUGAGCUUCAAGAUGGGUGGCUUCAUGAUGUCGCUGGAACUGGAAUGUGGGAAUGCGUUGACUUUUAUCCGGUUUCAAAAGAUGAUUUUGGGCUUGAUACCGGGACUUUUGGGCCCGGUGUGAAACAUGUUCUUAAAGCUAGCAUGGACGAUGAUCGAUGUGAUUAUUAUGCACUCGGGGAUUAUGAUUUGAGGGAGGGAAAAUGGGUCCCUGAUGAUCGUUCAAUUGAUGUUGGAAUCGGUUUACGAUAUGAUUAUGGGAUUUACUAUGCAUCAAAAACGUUCUAUGAUCAACAUAAGAAAAGAAGGAUCUUGUGGAGUUGGAUUAAAGAGACUGAUAGUGAAAAAACGGAUAUCAAGAAGGGUUGGGCAUCUCUCAUGGCACUUCCAAGAACGGUUGCUCUAGAUCCAAAGACAGGUAGUAAUUUGCUCCAAUGGCCGAUUGAAGAGUUGGAUAAACUAAGGUCAAAUCUUAAAGAGUUUAAUAAGGUUAAACUUGAACCGGGGUCUCUAGAGCCACUCUCUGUGGGCCCAACAUCUCAGUUGGAUGUUAUGAUUGAGAUUGAGGUAGAUAAAAAGGUUGUUAGCGGUUUAAAGGUAGGAUCCAAAGUGCCAUAUAAUUGUGCGCAUCAUGGUGGAGCCGGUGUGAGAGAUGCAUUGGGACCAUUCGGUUUAUUGGUUCUAGCAAACAAGAACCUCACCGAAUACACACCUACUUACUUCUACAUUGCCAAAGACAAACGUGGAGAUCUUAGUACAUUCUUCUGUAUCGAUCAAUCAAAAUCUUCCAUUGCAAAAGAUGUCGAUAAGUCUAUUUAUGGUAGCACAGUUCCCGUCCUGAAGGACGAAAAAUUAUCCAUGAGAAUUUUGGUGGAUCAUUCGAUAGUCGAGGGUUAUGCACAAGGAGGAAGAACAUGCAUUACUUCACGUGUUUAUCCAACAGAAGCGAUCAACGAUGAUGCUCAAAUCUUCUUGUUCAAUAAUGCAACUAAUGUAACUGUGACUGCUUCCCUAAAAGUAUGGCAAAUGGGUUUAAAGACAAAGAACGAAAGCGGAUGGGUUUGGCUAGGCCCAUCACUUAUCUUACUUGUCGUGUUUGGUUUCGUGCUAUGGAUGUGGCAAAACCAGAAAAGAAACAACGAGAUCUAAAAAAUGAAACAGACAGCUUAGCCCAUAGCUAGAGCUUGAGCCAAUCUGGUCUAGGGUUGGGCUAAACCGAAAAAGAACUUCUUCUUAUAGUAAUAAGUUGACAAGAUUCAUCGGUAAUAAACUUCAUAAUGUGAAGAUCAUGGUCUCCGUGUACUUGAGGAAAAGCCCGUCCAAAAAUGAAAAACAACGUAUUUACUAUUUAGGACACAUAAUUAGGCUUUCUUUGGGCCUAGUAGGGGAUAUGGGCUAAAGGUUGAAUAGAUCAUUGUAGAGUUGAGUUUCUUUACUUUGGGCUGGGCUGGCCCAUCUAAUGCAGCCUGUUACUUGGGUUGCAACCUAAGGAGUUUUGUAAGUUAAUUUUUUUUUUCCAUACUCGCAUUAUCCCAUAUGAAAUGUUAUAUACAUUUAUGUGAA